AUGGCGGACGUAGUGCUCUUCAAGGGGAUCAUAGCUGGGGAGCGGGUCUACCUCGUGGUGUGGGGGGACGACAUCCUUCUGGCAGCCCGAGAAGCGGACCGCAUUGCGAAGGUGAAGGCGCACUUUUCUCAGAAAUCGACGGGCGCGAUCUGGGGGAGGCACCUUCUUCCUUGGGCUAGAGUGGACGCGCGACAAAGAGGCGCGCAUCCUGAGGUUGACGCAGAAGAAGCUGACGAGGAAGCUGGUCGAACGUUACGGACCGGCCGACACGCAGGCGCGAAACGUUCCUCUUGGAACGGGGGACAAGGUGACGGGGGACG